UCAGUGCACAGAGAGGGGGAAGGAUUCAAACAUUCAUUAGAAGCCACUAGAAUUACCCCCGGAUGCUCAAAUGAAACAGUCUGAAACAAGAUGAAAGAAGAAUAAGCUACUUUAUUAAGAAGGCUUCUGCUGGAUUCAAUGCAACUCAAAGGAAAGGGGUAGCCAGGAGCUCCCCAGAGACCCUGGCUCUGCAGUGAUAUUUGUUACAUAGACACAAGAAGCAGAGAGAACAGAAGCCCAGAGAUCCCAGCAGCCAUGGCCUCAGGGACUCCUGUACGGGAAAUCCAAGAGGAAACCAAAUGUCCCAUCUGCCUGGGAUAUCUGACGGACCCAGUCACCAUACAGUGCGGGCACAACUUCUGCCAAGGCUGCAUCACUCAGUUCUGUGGGACAUGGGAAGAGCAGGACUCUGACCCCAUGUGCUGCCCCAGCUGCAGAGCCCGAAUCCGGAAAGGGGCUUUCCAGAGUAAUUAUCAGCUAGCAAAUAUAGUGGAAAAAAUCAAACAAAUGGAUUUCAAACGAGGAAAAGAGAAUCUGUGUGAGAGACACGGCAAAGCCCUGGAUCUGUUCUGUGAAGAGGACGGGGAAGCCGUGUGUGUGGUUUGUGAGAGAUCCCAGGAGCAUAGAUCUCACACGGUACUUCUCAUGGAUGAUGCUGCCCAGAAAUACAAGGAAAGAAUCCAGGCCCAUCUGAAAACUCUGACGGAAGAGAGAGAAAAGCUGCUGGGAUUGAAAGCGACUGGAGAGAGGAAUUGCCGAGAAUAUCUGAAACAAACACAAACCGAGAGGCAGAAGAUUGUGUCUGAAUUUCAGCAACUGCAGCAGUUCCUGGAGGAACAAGAGCGACUCCUGCUGGCCCAGCUGGAGAAGCUGGACAAGGAGAUUGUGAGGAUCCAGAAUGAAAAUGUCAGUAAACUCUCCGAGCAGAUUUCCCAUCUCAGUGAGCUGAUCAGUGAGGUGGAGGGGAAGUGUCAGAAGCCAGCGAGUGAAUUCCUACAGGAUGUCAGAACCACCUUGAGCAGGUGUGAGAAGGGGAAGUUCCAGCAGCCAGAGGAGAUUUCUCCUGAACUGGAAGAGCGAGUCUGUGGUUUCUCCCAGAAAAUGAUUGUGCUAAUGGAGAUUCUGGGGAAGUUCAAAGACACUCUGCCAUCUGAACUGGAGAGAAAAAGGAGAGAAUCAUUUGGAGCACACAGACAGGACACUCUGCUGUCUGCACUGGAGACACAAAUUGGAGAACCCCUAGGAGCACACAGACAGGUGAAUGUGACUCUGGAUCCAGACACGGCUCAUCCCAACCUCGUCCUGUCUGAGGAUCGGAAAAGUGUGACACGGGGACACACACGGCAGCGACUGCCUAACAACCCUGAGAGAUUUGACUCUUGGGCAUGUGUGCUGGGCUGUGAGGGAUUCACCUCGGGGAGACAUUGCUGGGAGGUGGAAGUGGGGGAUGGGAGAUGCUGGGCUGUGGGGGUGGCCAGAGGGUCUGUGAGGAGGAAGGGACGGAUCAGCCAUAGCCCUGAGGGGGGGAUCUGGGCUGUGGAGCGAUGGGAGGAUCAGUUCCAGGCUCUCACCUCCCCUGUGACCCCCCUGCCCCUGAGCCGGGUCCCCAGCAGGAUCCGGGUUUGUCUGGACUGUGACCGGGGGCAGGUGACAUUUAUCGAUGCUGGUGACGGGGCCCCGAUCUUCACUUUCCCGCCGGGCUCCGUCCCUGGGGAGAGAAUCCGACCCUGGCUCUGGGUGUGGGACAGAGACACCCGGCUCCGACUGUGUCCCUGA